UAGGUGACUGCCCCUUUAAGAGCAGUGGAUCCGCCCCCCUGUAGAGGAGGACCUAUUAGAGCAGAGGCCCGGGCGCCGGUGACUCAGAGUGUUCGCGGGAGCGCAGCAUCUACCCCAGCCAACCCAGUUCCCGAGGUCCGACAGUGCCCGGCCCAGACCUCUAAGCCUGCCAGGAGCAAGCUGAGAGCUAGCUGCCCGGCACGCUCCGCCCCUCAGCAGUCUCUGUCCUUCCGUCUGAGCCCCGUGCCCUUCCCGGGACCCCCUGCCCCGCGGGCAGUGCUGCCACCCUGCCGUUCAUGGAGACUCCGUCCCAGCGGCGCGCCACCCGUAGUGGGGCGCAGGCCGGCUCUACCCCACUGUCGCCCACCCGCAUCACCCGGCUGCAGGAGAAGGAGGACCUGCAGGAGCUCAAUGACAGGUUGGCGGUCUACAUCGAUCGUGUGCGCUCGCUGGAGACGGAGAACGCAGGGCUGCGCCUUCGCAUCACCGAGUCUGAAGAGGUGGUCAGUCGCGAGGUGUCCGGUAUCAAGGCGGCCUACGAGGCCGAGCUGGGGGAUGCCCGCAAGACCCUCGACUCAGUGGCUAAGGAGCGCGCCCGCCUGCAGCUGGAGCUGAGCAAAGUGCGCGAGGAGUUUAAGGAGCUCAAAGCGCGUAAUACCAAGAAGGAGGGUGACUUGCUGGCUGCCCAGGCCCGGCUCAAGGACCUGGAGGCUCUACUCAACUCCAAGGAGGCCGCACUGAGCACUGCUCUCAGUGAGAAGCGCACGUUGGAGGGCGAGCUGCAUGACCUGCGGGGACAGGUGGCCAAGCUUGAGGCAGCACUGGGUGAGGCCAAGAAGCAACUUCAGGAUGAAAUGUUACGGCGGGUAGAUGCUGAGAACAGGCUGCAGACCCUUAAGGAAGAACUGGACUUCCAGAAGAAUAUCUACAGUGAGGAACUACGUGAGACCAAACGGCGCCAUGAGACCCGGCUGGUGGAGAUUGAUAAUGGGAAGCAGCGUGAGUUUGAGAGCCGGCUGGCGGAUGCUCUGCAGGAGCUGCGGGCCCAGCAUGAGGACCAGGUGGAACAGUACAAGAAGGAGCUGGAGAAGACCUAUUCUGCCAAGCUGGAUAAUGCCAGGCAGUCUGCUGAGAGGAACAGCAACCUAGUGGGGGCUGCCCACGAGGAGCUGCAGCAGUCCCGCAUCCGCAUUGACAGCCUCUCGGCCCAGCUCAGCCAGCUCCAGAAGCAGCUGGCAGCCAAGGAGGCAAAGCUUCGGGACCUGGAGGACUCUCUGGCCCGGGAGCGGGACACCAGCCGGCGGCUGCUGGCGGAGAAGGAGCGAGAGAUGGCUGACAUGCGGGCAAGGAUGCAGCAGCAGCUGGAUGAGUACCAGGAACUGCUGGAUAUCAAGUUGGCCCUGGACAUGGAGAUCCAUGCUUACCGAAAGCUCCUGGAGGGAGAGGAGGAGAGGCUACGCCUGUCCCCCAGCCCCACCUCCCAGCGCAGCCGUGGCCGCACCUCCUCCCACUCAUCCCAGACACAGGGUGGGGGCAGCAUCACUAAAAAGCGCAAACUGGAGUCCACUGAGAGCCGCAGCAGCUUCUCGCAGCACGCUCGUACUAGCGGGCGUGUGGCAGUGGAGGAGGUGGAUGAGGAGGGCAAGUUUGUGCGACUGCGCAACAAGUCCAAUGAGGACCAGUCCAUGGGCAACUGGCAGAUCAAGCGCCAGAAUGGAGAUGAUCCCUUGCUGACUUACCGCUUCCCACCAAAGUUCACCCUGAAAGCUGGACAGGUGGUGACGAUCUGGGCUGCAGGAGCUGGGGCUACCCAUAGUCCUCCUACUGACAUGGUGUGGAAGGCGCAGAACACCUGGGGCUGUGGGAACAGCCUGCGCACUGCUCUCAUCAACUCCACUGGGGAAGAGGUGGCCAUGCGCAAGCUUGUGCGCUCAGUGACUGUGGUUGAGGACGACGAGGAUGAGGAUGGAGAUGACCUGCUCCAUCACCACCACGGCUCCCACUGCAGCAGCUCGGGGGACCCCGCUGAGUACAACCUGCGCUCGCGCACCGUGCUGUGCGGGACAUGUGGGCAGCCUGCCGACAAGGCAUCUGCCAGCGGCUCAGGAGCCCAGGUGGGCGGAUCCAUCUCCUCUGGCUCUUCUGCCUCCAGUGUCACAGUCACUCGCAGCUACCGCAGUGUGGGGGGCAGUGGGGGUAGCUUCGGGGACAACAUGGUCACCCGCUCCUACAUCCUGGGCAACUCCAGCCCUCGAACCCAGAGCCCCCAGAACUGCAGCAUCAUGUAAUCUGGGACCUGCCAGGCAGGGGUCAAGGUGGAGGCCAUCUGCUUCCUCCUCACCUGAUGCUGACCCCCUGCCCUACACCUCAUGGGAGCAGGCUUGAAGCCAAAGAAAAACAUCCCCUUCGGUUUUUUCUUCUAUAUUUUUUUUUCUAAGAGAAGUUAUUUUCUACAGUGGUUUUAUAUUGAAGGAAAAACACAAGCAAAAAAAAAAAAAAAAAAAAAAAGCCUCUAUCUCAACCCUAAUUUCUCCCUCUUCCUUUCCCUGCUUCCAGGAAACUCUGUAUCUGCCUUAAAACCAAAAAGGGCUUCCUAUUGAAGCCAAGGGAAGGGGGUGCUUUUACCAAGCCUAGUUUCUGCUUUGCUACCCUGGCUGUUGCCCCCACCCCAGGGACCCUGUGACAUGGUGCCUAAGAGGCAGGCAUGGAGUCCUCUCCACCAGCCUCCUCCAGAUAGCUGGUCAACUGCCAGAUCAGUCUCAGAAUGAGAGGACAGCUGAGCCAGGCCUCGGCCUGGUUCCACUACACCUGGGUGAGGCUCCUCACCCUGCCCUAUUCCCAGUCCCCACCUCUGCCCCUGCCCUGGGGUGAGUUGAUUCCCCCAGGUACCAGCUGUGCUUGCUUUUUCUGUAUUGCGUUUAGACAAGAGAUGGGAAUGCAAUGGGGGAGGGGGUGGAAGAAAGGGGAAGGAAGUAAGCCUGUCUUCUCCUAGCUUUAGAGCUUGGGUGGGCUCAGUCCAGUUACUGGAGGUCAAAGUCAAGGGGGGUGCUGGGAAGAGAGAGAGGGAAGCUACUGGAAAGGGUGAGAGGCUGCUGAGGCCCUACCACAGAGGAGGAAGGUAAGAGAGAUCAAGGGGAUGUGGCAGUAGUUACUGGCAAACACUAAGGAGCCCCUGGCCUCUCCAUUUCCCAUCUGCACCCCUUUUCUCCUCCCCAAAUCAAUACACUAGUUGUUUCUAUCCCUGGC